AGAUGUACCUUUUUCAUAUUAUCUCUUAUCUCCCGUGUUAUUCGGUUGACGGCAUUUAGGAAAAGACGUCAAGGGGUCCGAGUUGUAAGACCCAAUGUAAGACGUCAGGGGUCCGGGUUCAAAAAUAAAAAUAAAAAUCAUAAGAAUGGAAGAGUCGACGAGAGGUGGAAAUUAGUAGCGCAUAAAUACAGCCGCCCGGAAUAUGAUGGUCUCAUUGUCCGUUGUGAGAGCGGCUCUCAAAUUAUUGAAUAUCAUUAAAUAUCUCGACAUUUUGAUUUUGCUAAUAAACUCAGUGGGCUUCUACAGUCUUUUUAUAUUAUUCAAAUUUAUUGAACUAUUCAAAGUAUUUGACUACCAUGAACAGUACAGAAAAGUAUACGGAGUCGAGUGACAUGCAGAGGCGAGAUGCCCGUGAAGUGAUUGAAGAAUUCACUGACGAGUUGGGAAAAAUGCAGGGUAGAUGUAUUGAUAUUGGCUGUGGUCCGGGUAAUGUCACCAAGGAACUGAUACUCCCCAAACUGGGGGACAAUGCUACUAUUGUUGGUGCUGAUAUUUCCGAAGAAAUGCUCAUUUUCGCGAGAAAUAAAUAUAAAAAUGAAGGGCGUAUGUCCUUCAUUCACAUGGACAUAGAAUCCAAAGAUUUUGCAAAGCAACAAGUGGGAUAUUAUGAUAACGUUUUGUCCUUCUACUGUCUCCAUUGGUGCCAGAACAUGAGGCGCACUACUGAAAAUAUUUAUAAACUUCUUCGACCAGGAGGUCGAGGUCUCGUAAUGUUUCUAUCUUACAACAAUGGCUUCGACGCCUACAUGAAACUCCAGAAGAAUCCCCGAUACCAGCCCUACAUGGAGGAUGUUGGAAAGUAUAUUCCACCCUAUCACAGCUGCCCGAAUCCAAGAGCAACUAUGAAGAAAACACUCGAGGAAGUUGGCUUCGAGGUACUGCACUGCAGUAAUAGGGAGAAAACCUUCGUAUUUGAGAGCUUGGAAAUUCUGCAAAAUCAUAUUCUUGCAGUGAAUCCCUUCCUGAACCGCAUCCCAGAUAAUCUCAAAGACGACUACAAAGAAGAAGUGACUAAAGAAAUAGCCAAAAAUAAAAUUCUCUUUGAAAGAAAAAAUGGUAAGUCAAACAGCUACAGCGUCCUCGACAGAUACGGCCUGCUGAUAGCGUACUUCCGAAAGCCACCAAAUGCCCAAUGAGAUCAGAGGGGGAACCAGACUUCUCAGUCCAUAGCUUUAUUAUUCCCACUUUAGAAGUCAAGGAAUUAUUUAUUAUGGUUGAAGUAAACCUUUGGUGUUAAGUGCAGGUGCACUUGUUGAAUUUCCCAAAUAUUUUAUCCAUUUAUAUUUAUAUCGCUGUUGUGGAGUCAAAAUGGCAUAGAUAGGGUGCAUGAACACAGCUAUUAUACCUUAUUAGCUCCACCACAACGAUAUAAUACCGAUAAUUGUUUAUAAAAAAAAAUAUAAAAUAUCGUCACAUGUAAACAAAUUUAUGAGUGAGAUUGUUACAGCUCAAAGUCGAUAUUGUUUACGAUUGAUUAAUAAAAUAUGGAAAAACGUUACUGGUCAUUAACUCUCUCCAAUUACCGAUC